AUGCAUACCCCUCUUGUUGCCUGGAUUGCUGACUAUCCUGAACAGCUUCUGAUCGCUUGUGUCUCAGCAAAGAAUUCCCCCAUUUCACUAGCAAUGGCAGAACAGUUCAGAGAUGUGACAGCCCAGCCCCCCCAUGAUCAUGAGUACACACUUCAGAAGAUACGACAGGCUGCCACUGCAUGUGAUCCAUGCAAUAUUGUUGCAUUCCACAAGGCUUGUCUUGCCCUCCAUCUAAAUGGUGUUGUGGAGCCAUUCUGGAAAGAUUGGGGGGAUACAUGUCCCUCCCACUUUCUCACCCCCAAUGCCCUGCACCAGUGGCACAAGUUCUAUUUUGACCAUUGUGUAUGCUGGGUAAUCAAUAUCAUAGGGGGUGAGGAACUCAAUCACUGCUUAGCUGCCCUGCAGCCAAGGAUAGGGACUAGGCAUUGGGUGAAUGGUGUCUCCACCCUCAAACAGUGCACCGGUCGAGAACACUGCAAACUGGAGAAAUUGCUUCCUGCUGUGGCAGCAGGGGCAUUUCCCAAUGACAUGCUUUGUGCCUUGCAUGCCAUCACCAAGUUCAUCUUUCUUGCCCAAGGUAUCUCCCAUUAUGAUGAAACCAUUCAUAGUCUCAGUGAAGCCCUUCAUGAAUUCCACCAUUACAAAUCCAGCAUUCUCAGGGCACAUGGCUGUCUUGGGAAGAACAGCCCCCUUGACCACUUUCAGAUACCAAAAGUUGAACUAACUCAGCACAUUGCAUGGAGCAUUCAUCAGAUGGGUGCCCCUUAUCAAUGGAGCAGCAACAUCACUGAACAUUGCCACAUAACUCAUGUCAAGGUGCCCUACCAUUUAUCAAAUCACCAAGAUUACCAUGCCCAAUGUUGCUGUUUCCUUGAUCAACAAGAAAAACAACACUUUUUCUGCCUCUUUACUGCUCUGAAAUCUUCA